AUGUCUGAUAUUUGGGAUUAUGCUGUUGAAAAUACAAAUUUUUAUCAAACUGUGGCAAUUAAAUGUCAAUUAAUUGUGCAGAUAAGACCGCGAUGCAUAUUGUUUGGUUUCUUUUGUGGUCUUGCAAACGUACAAACGAAGUUCAUAAUAUCGAACACAAUUUCGUCUUAUGUGCCAGAUCAGGAAUCGUUUAAAAAUUAUCUUGAUCGUUUAAGAACUCAGUUGUCAGUGUUAAAAAUGAAAGACGAUCAACGUCAAAAGCACCUCAUUGCGUUUAUAGGUUCAGAAGCCUACAGUCAAUUGAAGAACGCAUGUUUACCGUGUCAUCCCUCUGAAAAGACUUUUGAAGAACUAGUCACAUAUUUGGACGCGAUAUAUUCACCACGGCGUUUAGUGGUGAGUGACCGUUUUAAAUUUAAUCAGUGCUGUCAAAGUCCAGGGGAAUCGGUACAAGAAUUUAUCACAACGUUAAAAAAGUUAGCAAGUCACUGUGAAUUUGACACAUUUUUGGACGAUGCACUUCGCGACAGACUAAUUGUAGGUCUAGCGGAUGAAGCUUGUCAAAGAAAAUUGCUGGGAGAGUCAUCACUAACUUUUCAGAAAGCAUGUGAAAAAGCUUUGGACUCAGAAUUAGUGAAAAAUCAGUCCAACCAUAUAAAAAAUAAAUCUCAAGUAAAUUGGAUCGCAAAAAAUUACAAAAAUAAACCACAGUCUAAGACAGAUCAGUUAAAGAAAAAUACCAGUGCAGUACCAAGUAGUAGUCAGUCAACCAAUCAAAGCGCCGAGGGGUCAAAACGAGGUAGUCAAUCGUACAGUCAGUCACAACAAGUAAGGAGACGAGAUGUGAUGCUCGUAACCGUCCAGCAAAGCAAUGGGAGUGUUUCAAUUCCAAACUAA